ACGGUGGAAAACAUCAUCGCUUCGACCCGGAGCUUGCAGGAGCCCGGUAGCUGGCGUCAUGGAUGGGCGGCGCGCUGACGGAGAAUGGAGGGUGUUUUCCGGCUUUAAAAGAACCAGAGACUGCCCCUUUGACAAAGCCGCGCUGCGUCAUCGACCUGGGGGGACUCUUGGAGACCUUCAAUGGGCACAGGACAGCAUAAUUCACCUCAGCCGCUAGUUUCUUGAGCAGCGCUCACCUCCUCAUUCACUCGGCCAACGCUCACACGGUGUGCAAUACACACCACGUUAAUAAUACAUUGCUUAACUUAACUCCAAAUUAUAAUUUUACCCGAUACUCAGCUAGAGCGUCUCUUCUAAGUUCAGUUUUGAAGCUCCAGACAGCAAGGAGUGGGGACUCCACUCGUUCCAUCACCUUUCUCGCCGCGAUGAAAUCUGCAGAAGAAGAUGCAUUCAGCUACACACCAAAUGUCACCCUUUCUCUUCCACUUGGGAUGGGCAACCCUUGUCUGGCUACCCAGUACCACAACUUACAGUCCAGCCCAGUUAUCUCUGUGACGUCUUGCCAUCAGACAGGCUACAACUUCCAAAAUGACAACCAUGUAGCGGCAGGCUAUUACCUACCCCAUGGCCUGAGACCCAAUGGGGCUCCAGCCCCGGAAAGCCCUCGUAUUGAAAUCACCGCCUACACCCAGUGCCCCGAGGAUCAGGUCGAAGAAAGAAACCGUGAUGACCACAUCAUCAAAAGAGGCGUAAACUCCAUCGUGACACUGACACUGCCCAAUGCCGAGGGCUACCGUGAUCCCAACUGCCUCAGUCCCGCAAGCAGCAUUUCUUCACGCAGCUGUAACUCUGAAGCAUCCUCCUAUGAGUCUGGCUUUUACAACUAUGACAACUCCCUACAGAAUUCCCCCUGGCAGUCUCCCUGCGUGUCUCCCAGAGGGUCAUCUUCACUUUUGUCCUGCCCGCAUGCCAGCGGACCUGCAGCCUCCCCGAACAUUUCACCCUCCACAUCCCCUCAGAUUGGAGCAGUGGCUGAGGAAGGGUGGCCGGCUCAGCCGCGUGACUCCAGGCCUAACUCUCCUUCCUUCAGUGGAGGUGGUGGAUGCAACAACAUCAGCAUUGCCGGUGUGGGGAAGAGAAAGUACAGCUUCAACGACACUCCCUACCAGCAGACAUCCUGUUCACCCCACCAAUCCGCUACCCCCUCCCCACAUGGGUCCCCCAGAGUCAGUGUCACAGAUGAGAACUGGCUAGCCAAUGCCAACCAGUACACUAACUCCGCAAUUGUGGCUGCUAUCAAUGCUCUGACCACAGAUGGAGUGGUAGACAUGGGAGAAGGGAUCCCGGUCAAAACACGCAAGAUGGUAGAUCAUUCACCUUCCAUGAGCCUCAAGGUGGAACCUAGUGGAGAAGAGGUCAGACACGAAGGAGAGAUUAGCCCUGAGGACUACCCUUCUCGCCUUGUUUUAAAGAAGGAGAACUACUGCGGGGGGUUCCUGGAGGUGCCCCAGCAUCCCUACCCUUGGUCAAAACCCAAGCAGUACCUCAGCCCAUCCCAGCCAGCUCUCGACUGGCAGCUUCCAUCCAGCUCCGGUCCAUACAGUUUACAGAUCGAGUUACAGCCAAAGUCCCACCACAGGGCCCACUAUGAGACUGAAGGCAGCCGUGGGGCUGUCAAGGCACUUUCUGGAGGCCACCCAGUUGUCCAGCUUUAUGGCUACAUGGAAAGUGAGCCACUCACCCUGCAGCUGUUUAUAGGGACCGCAGACGACCGCCUCCUACGACCACAUGCCUUUUACCAGGUCCAUCGCAUCACUGGCAAAACCGUCUCCACUGCCAGUCAUGAAGUUCUGCAAUCCAACACCAAAAUUCUGGAGAUCCCUCUGCUUCCCGAAAACAACAUGAGGGCUAUAAUUGAUUGUGCAGGCAUCCUAAAGCUGCGCAACUCAGACAUUGAGCUUCGCAAAGGGGAAACAGACAUUGGACGUAAAAACACCCGAGUACGGUUGGUGUUCCGAGUACACAUCAACCAGCCCAAUGGCAGGACCGUGUCCUUACAAGCUUCCUCUAACCCCAUCGAGUGUUCCCAGCGCUCAGCGCAGGAGCUUCCCUUGGUGGAGAAGCAGAGUGUGGACAGCUACCCUGCAAAUGGAGGCAAAAUGAUGGUGCUGAGUGGUCUCAAUUUCCUCCCUGAUUCAAAGGUGGUGUUCGUAGAGAAGGCCCAGGAUGGUCAUCAUCUGUGGGAGAUGGAAGCCAAAGUUGACAAGGACUCUGUCAAAUCUAAUGCACUUUUUGUUGAGAUCCCACCAUACCGAAACCAGAGACUAUCCAACGCAUUGCAGGUUAACUUCUAUGUAUGCAAUGGCAAGAGGAAGAGGAGCCAGUACCAGAACUUUACCUAUCUUCCUCCCACUGUGCCGAUGAUAAAGACAGAACCCAGUGAUGAAUAUGAUUCUUUGGGGACUUCAGUACUGCCAAUGCAUUCAAAGCCCUAUUUCGGUCAUCCCAGACUUAAUCCCAUCAUGCCUAUUGCUGAACAUGAUGCUUGUCUGGCUGGUGCCUACCCUCCCUGCCCUUCUCUCAAUGCUGCCAUACCAUCAUCGUCCCCCAAUUCCAGCCCAACCCUGCAUGACCUCUCCCCCGUCGCAUUUAGCAAGUGCCUCCCGAAUAGCCCCACCCAUGCAGCACCUUCAAGUCAGAUGGUGACAACCUUCCAGGAGAAUGGCAGGCCAGUCCUGACCCAUCCAGCAUCUCCUGACCAUGGCUCUCCCCUAGCUAUGCUCCAAACUCAAGGAAGUCCCAGUCACCUCAACAGCCCGGGACCCCAUGGAUUCCACCCUGUUUACGCCAAUAGCAGCCCUUCCUCCUCCCCAGCCUCCCAUGCUUCGACUCCCAGUGGGUCUGCAGAGAGUCCAUUUAUUCAAGCCUACAGUCCCACCCAGGCUCAGGCAGCAGCCACCUCAGCCCAGGCUGGAGGCAAUUCACCCAGCCUGCUUCAUGAGGAAUCAAGUCCACCUGCCAUCACCGUCAAACAGGAACCUCAAGAACUGGACCAGAUGUACCUAGAUGAUGGGGACCACCCUCUCACGGGCACACCCGCAGCCUCCUGGGUCUUGGAGGAAAUGAAAAGAUGAGGAGGAGGAGGAAGAGAGGGAAGUGAUGCUAUGAGGCACAGAGGGAGUUAACGAGAUCAUCAGGAAUGACCUUUCCAGCAUUUCCGUUCACACUCAUGCUUAGAUCAUUGAUCAAUGGUUGUGCAGCAGCAGCAGCAAACACACACAUGCACACACAACGAUCAACUAAAAACAAUACUGAGGAGAAGACCAAUAAGAUGAAGAAGAGCCACCACGAAGCAGGAUCUCCCACCUGUCCAGCUAUCGGUUCCUUUUUUCAGACUUGCUCCAGAUUCACAACGUUUGAAUAUCUAAUCUAAAUAUGUAAGUAUAUCUGUUAUGUUAUUUGUAAAAACGGGAAGUGAUAUCGAUGGCAACACUUGCCUUAAUUGACAAAUGACAAUCUUCAUUUGGAGUGUUUGGUAUUGGUGUCGAGUUCAUGCAUGGACAAACUAAUGCGGCGAUAACAAAUGUCUUGUGUCUACAUUUUGUUUCGUUUCGCGCUGUCAGACCGCAGAAAAUAAAUUGGUGCCUUACUUGUAGAGAAAAUGACAGACAGCAGCAGACAGAAAUGCAAAUGAUGGUAAAUUAUAACCCCAAGUGCAACGUUUUUAUAUGACACUUUUGUAUCAUUUUUAUGAUUUGUUUAUGGGGAAAACGGACCAAGGUUAGGAAUGACGUCAGGGAGUAUGUGAACAAAUAGAUUUGUUUUCUUUGAUCUUUUAUUCUCAUUGAUCAUUUAUACUGAAUGUUAUGUAUCACAUUCCUUUGUAUAAACACACAUUUGACAAUAUGCCUAACGCUUAUUCUGCGCAUUCAAGCCUUUCGCAUUGUCUUACCCAAGAUAUGUUGUUUCUUUGGGGGGGGAGGGGUUUGUUUGUUUUUAUUUCUGCUGUUUGUACUACGCUUCAUGACCGCCGUCACCCGUGUGCCUGUUUUGCAAUGUCCGGACCAUGUCAUUGUAAUGCACAGACAAUCAUUCAACAUCACACAACCCAACCGAGGUUUCUUCUUGGCGUGUCCACACAAAGUUACAUUCCGCAUAGGAUAGAAAGUCUUUCUUGUUGUCGCACGGUGCAGAAAAAAAAUAUCACAUGAGAACAAUGGUAUGCUUACCUGCUGAAUUUAAACUAAAAUACAAUACUCCUAAGCGAUUUAGUCGUUAACUUCUUGCACUGCAGAUUUGAUGUGUAAAUAAGCAGAUGGAGAAUUUAAGUAUGCUGCCGCCUCAGUUUGACUCAUUUUGGUCAUUUAAAUGAGGACCGGGCGAGACUGUUACUUCUAACUGGCAAUAAUUGAUUUGUGUAAACCAAGGAAUUUUAUCUUUGGUGAUAUUAUUGUCCAGGUUUCAUUUUUUCAGACUUUAACGUGAAGUGAUACCACCCAAUACAAAAAUAUUGUGCACUUUACCAUAGAAAGAGAGGCAGGUGGUAGUGCUCCCAGACCAAAUGUGCUCUUUCCUGCUCUCAUAUCAGCCUUUCUUUUCGAUGUUACCUGUCUUAUGGAGCAUGCACAUGAGCU